GGGAAAAAAGUAAUUGAUAAACAGACGCAGAAUGGAGUAGCAAGUGCAGAUUAGGAGUGUUGAGUGUCAACGGCAGUGUUCCAGUCAGUCAAGUUCAGGCCAUGGCUUCAGUUUAGUGCUUCUCUAUGUUUAGCUAGUUCAAGUGAUAAGUUUUGAUCAGUGCAACGCUUUAUUCAAGUCGUCUCUAAUUUAUUUUUGGAAAUUGAACAAUUUAUUUCCAAUCAAGCACAAUGGCACCGUCUGUCAACCUCGACAACAAACUACAGAGCGAAGUUGAUGCGAUUUACAAUUCAAAAGUAUUACUGGAGCCAGCGACAUCGGAGCAAUGGAAAAAGCUAUACAAGGACCUUGAAAUGAACCCUGGUCAACUGAAGGAAGACAUUCAGACGAUCAGGACUUGGCUGGCCAAACAGAGCCAUCUGCCUCAAACUGCUAGUGAUAAUUUGAUAGCGAGUUUUAUUGUUGGAUGUAAAAAUAGUCUAGAAAGAACCAAACAAAAACUAGAUGCCUUCUACACAAUUAGAAACCAGUUACCGGAGUUAUUUCUCAACAAUGAUCCAACAAGACAAGAAGCGAUCGAUGCAACAAGACCUGUUCGUAUUUUCCUGCUACCAAAACUUCACCCAGAUGGAUGCAGAAUCCUGGUAACAUCCUACAGGAACAACGAUACAACAUUUUACGAUGUCAAGGAAAAUUUGAAACGGAUUCUCGGUGUGAUGACAAUUCGAAUGAACAGCGAGCCAUUCUAUCGGGGCGAUUAUAUGAUCUGCGAUGCAACUCAUUUCUCACUUGGCCAUGCUGUCAAGCUGACACCAACCCUCAUGAGGAAUUUCCUCCACUGUAUACAGGAUGUACUGCCAUUGCAAAUUAAAGGUAUUGUUUUCUACAAUGCUCCACCAAUACUGGAAAAAACAUUGAACAAUGUCAUCAAGCCAUUUUUGAAGAAGAAGAUAGCAGACAGAAUUCACCUGUACUCGCAAGAUCACACUGCACUGCUCAAACAUUUCCCAAAAGAAGUUUUGCCUAAGAACUUGGGAGGUGAUGAACCAGUAGAUGAUGUUAUAGAUGCAUUAUGGGACAAGAAACUGGAGAGCUAUAGGGACUGGUUCAUGAACGAAGGCAACGAAACAACAGAUGAGAGCAAGAGGCCGUCCAAUGCAAGCUUCCAUCCCAGCCAGUUUGGCCUCGAAGGGUCGUUCAGAAAGCUAACAAUCGACUGAAAAUAAUGCACCAACCACUAGAGAUAGGCUCAAUGUAAAUACUCACGUAUCAUAAUAUUUUUCAACUAGUUUUAUACUGGAUUAUUUUUUACAAUAUUCUCAAGAGAAACUAAAAAGUAAUUAAUUUUCUCAUUUAUUGUUUCAAAAUAUUCAGUAUCGGAAUCAUGUUAAAAUUAUUAAGGAUUACAGAGACAAAAAUCUGUAGCAUUAGAAAAGAAAUCACUGUGAUGUAGAAAUUUCAAAAACCAAAGAAAUGUUCCCUUAUAAAACAAAAAUUCAAAUCAUUUAACCAGAAAAUAUGCAUUUACUGUGGUGGAGACUAAUUAUUAUUAUGUUAAGAUUUAAAUAGAUCUAUAGUUAUCUAGAACCUAUUCUAAUAGAUAUGAAACGAAUUAGUGGCAAAGGAUUUAUUGUAGUUCAACUAUUUAUCAUUUGUUAUUAUGUAAUUAAGAAGUGCUGGGUAUCUGUCAUUCAUGCAAUCACGUAGAUGAGUUGAACAUAAAUAGUUCUAAGAUCUAACUUCAAAAUACAAUAUUCUUUAAAAAAAUCUGUAAACUACAGACUAAAACAUCAAGCAUGAAAUAAUAGAAUGAUUGUGAAAAGUCGUUAAUAGAUGCUGGUCAAACCAACAGAUAGUUUUGUUAAUAAAUUAAUUACAAUAAAGUA